UCUCUGGAUCGCACAUACACGCUGUAGCUCGAGCGGAGCGGAGCGGGGCGCGCGCGCGGAGCUUCCCUUUCGCCGGGCAGGAGUUGCUGCUGUUGAAUGAAUGGAGGGCAGUUUGUGACUCGUGAGCGGUCAGUUGCACCCCGUCCUCCCUCGCGCACGCUCGCACGGGUCAUGUGGAGUGGUGGUGUCACAGUCCGGCAGUGAGACGCAGGAGGGACGCGCGCGGGGGCUCGGUGUUAUCGGAGGAGGCGCAGGGGAGCGCGCGCGCUCUGGACUGUACUGGACUGUACUGGACUACUGCAAACGCUGGGGAGAUUGUGAUUUAUAAUGGAGCUGAGGCACAGAGGACUUCUACUGACCACCAUCAUCAUCAUCUUCUUCUUCAUGCGUUGCAGCUCAGCACAAGAUGAUGUUCCUCCGUACUUUAAAACAGAACCGGUUCGGACUCAGCUGCACCUGGAGAGGAACCGGCUGGUUCUGACCUGCAUGGCGGAGGGCAGCUGGCCACUGGAGUUCAAAUGGAUUCAUAACGGAACGGAGCUGACGCGGUUCUCUCUGGAGUACAGGUAUCUGAUCCCGUCUCUGGACCGGACUCACGCUGGGUUUUAUCGCUGUAUCGUGAGGAACCGUGUUGGAGCUCUGCUGCAGCGCAGGACGGAGGUUCAGGUGGCCUUUAUGGGAGGUUUCGAGGAAGGCGAGAGGGUCCAGUCCGUUUCCCAGGGUGACGGUGCGGUCAUUCCAGCGCCACGGAUACGAAGCUUUCCACAGCCGCAGGUCACAUGGUUUAGAGACGGCAGGAAAAUCCCGCCCAGCAGCCGCAUUGCCAUCACUCUGGACAACACUCUGGUCAUUCUUUCUGCGGUGGCGCCAGACGCCGGACGAUACUACGUUCAGGCGGUGAACGACAAGAAUGGAGAGAACAAGACCAGCCAGCCCAUCACACUGACCGUGGAGAAUGUUGGUGGUCCUGCUGACCCCAUCGCUCCCACCAUUGUAAUCCCCCCAAGGAACACCAGUGUUGUUUCUGGAACCUCUGAGGUCACCAUGGAGUGUGUGGCCAAUGCUAGGCCGUUAAUUAAGCUGAGUAUCAGCUGGAGGAAGGACGGUGUUCCGGUCCGUUCUGGCCUGAGUGAUUUUAACCGCAGGUUGACCAUCCUCAGCCCCACUGUGAGCGACUCAGGGUUUUACGAGUGUGAGGCGGAGCUGAAGAGCAGCAGCGUUCCAUCUGUUAGCGCGGGAGCAUAUCUAAACGUUCUGGAGCCGCCACAGUUUGUGAAGGAACCAGACAAGCACAUCACUGCUGAGAUGGAGAAGGUGGUGGAUAUUCCCUGCCAGGCACGAGGUGUUCCUCAGCCUGAAAUAGUGUGGUAUAAGGAUGCGUUACCCAUAAACCCAGUGCGGUUACCACGGUACCGUGUGCUGGCCGGUGGAAGCCUGCAGGUUAACGGUCUGCUGCCGGAUGAUACCGGAAUGUUCCAGUGUUUCGCUCGCAACGAGGCCGGAGAGGUGCAGACUAACACCUACCUUGCUGUCACCAGUAUCGCCCCCAACAUCACAGCCGGUCCGUCUGACAGCACCGUGAUUGACGGCAUGUCUGUUAUUUUACACUGCGAGACUUCGGGAGCUCCGCGGCCCGCUAUCACCUGGCAGAAAGGUGAGCGUGUGUUAGCUAGCGGCUCAGUCCAGCUCCCCCGAUUCACUCUCCUGGAGUCCGGCAGUUUGCUCAUAAGUCCUGCCCACAUUUCAGACGCAGGUACAUACACCUGCAUGGCCAGCAACUCCAGAGGCAUCGAUGAGGCAUCAGCUGACCUGGUGGUGUGGGCUCGUACUCGGAUUACCACUCCUCCUCAGGAUCAGAGCGUUAUUAAGGGAACCAAAGCCACUCUGACCUGUGGAGUGACCCAUGACCCCAGUGUGAGCGUGAGGUUUGUAUGGGAGAAGGACGGCCAGGUGAUUAACACCAAGUCGUUGCCACGGUUACGGCUGGAUGCUAAUGGGACACUGCACAUCUCCCAGACAUGGUCAGGUGACAUCGGCACCUACACCUGCAGAGUGACCUCAGUAGGAGGAAACGACUCGCGCAGUGCUCACCUGAGAGUCAGGCAGCUGCCCCAUGCUCCCGAAAACCCGAGCGCAAUUCUGAGCUCUACAGAGAAGAGAGCGAUAAACCUCACCUGGGCCAAACCGUUUGAUGGAAACAGCCCGUUGAUCCGCUACGUCCUGGAGGUGUCUGAGAACAAUGCUCCGUGGAUGAUCCUGCUGGCGAAUAUAGAGCCGGACUCGACGGCCGUGACUGUGAGUGGACUGAUCCCAGCGAGGUCAUAUCAGUUCCGCCUGUGUGCCGUGAACAACGUGGGCAAAGGACCAUUCAGCAAGGAGACUGAACGGGUAUCUCUCCCAGAGGAGCCCCCUAGCGCCCCCCCUCAGAACGUCAUCGCCAGUGGCCGGACCAACUCCUCCAUCAUGAUCCAGUGGCAGCCUCCCCCCGAGAGCCAGCAGAACGGGGUUCUCCGAGGAUACGUCAUCCGCUAUCGUCUAACUGGUCUUCCAGUAGACAUCCAGUACAAGAACAUCUCAAACCCAGACGUCACCAACCUGCUCCUGGAGGACCUCAUCAUCUGGACCAACUACGAGAUCGAGGUGGCGGCGUAUAAUGGAGCAGGCCUAGGCGUCUACAGCCACAAGGUUACGGAGUGGACGCUGCAAGGAGUUCCCACUGUUGCCCCAGGAAACGUUCAGGCUGAAGCUGUGAACUCCACCAGCAUCCGCUUCACCUGGACUGCCCCCAACCCUCAGUUCAUCAACGGCAUCAACCAGGGAUACAAGCUGCUGGCAUGGGAGCCAGGUCAGGAGGAGGAGGUUACUAUGGUAACGGUCCGUCCGAAUUUCCAGGACAGUGUACACGUGGGCUACAUCAGCGGGCUGAAAAAGUUCACCCAGUACUACACCUCAGUGCUGUGCUUCACUACACCAGGAGAUGGACCACGCAGCCCACCCAAGAGGAUACACACACACGAAGACACUCCGGGUGCUGUGGGUCAUCUGAGUUUUACUGAGAUCCUGGACACGUCUCUGAAAGUCAGCUGGAGGGAGCCGCAUGAGAAGAACGGCGUACUCACCGGGUAUCGAAUCUCGUGGGAGGAGUAUAACCGCACUAACACACGGGUCACUCACUACCUACCCAACGUCACCCUGGAGUACAGAGUAACGGGACUGACCGCUCUGACCACGUACACCAUCGAGGUGGCAGCAAUGACCUCUAAAGGCCAGGGUCAGCUGAGUUCUUCGACGAUAUCAUCAGGGGUACCACCAGAGCUCCCCGGACCCCCGACUAAUCUAGCGAUCUCCAACAUCGGCCCCCGCUCUGUCACGCUGCAGUUUAAACCCGGAUACGACGGAAAAACCUCCAUAUCCCGCUGGCAGGUGGAGGCACAGAUCAGUGUAGUGGGAGACAAUGAAGACUGGGUGAUGGUACACCAGCUGGCUAAUGAACCUGAUGCCCGCUCUCUGGAAGUGCCCGCUCUAAACCCGUACACCUUCUACAGGUUCCGUAUGCGUCAGGUGAACAUUGUGGGCACCAGCCCUCCCAGCCAACCAUCUAGAAAGAUCCAAACCCUGCAGGCCCCACCUGACAUGGCACCAGUCAAUGUGACCCUGCGGACAGCCAGUGAGACCAGCCUGUGGCUCCGAUGGGUGCCCCUGCCGGAGUGGGAAUAUAAUGGCAAUCCAGAGUCAGUUGGCUACAGGGUUCAGUACAGCAGGACCAGCCCCCAAGCCAAAGCUCUAAUCCACCUGAUCCCUGACCGGUUGGAGCGGGAGUUCACAAUAGAGGACUUGGAGGAAUGGACUGAAUAUGAGGUCAAAGUUCAGGCUGUAAAUGGCAUCGGAGCCGGACCAUGGAGCCAGCCUGUACGAGGGCGUACCAGAGAGUCGGUUCCCUCUUGUGGACCCACAAAUGUCUCAGCCUUUGCUACGACCUCCAGCAGUAUCCUGGUGCGCUGGUUUGAGGUUCCGGAGCCAGACAGAAAUGGCCUCAUCCUCGGCUAUAAGGUGGUAUAUAAGGAGAAGGAUUCAGACUCUUCUCUGCAGUUUUGGACGGUGGAGGGAAACUCCACCCACAGCGUUCAACUGACCGGUUUAGGGAAGUAUGUUCUGUAUGAGAUCCAGGUUCUGGCCUUCACGCGCAUCGGAGACGGGCGGCCCAGCUCCCCUCCCAUCCUCGAGCGCACCCUCGAUGAUGUGCCUGGACCUCCUGUUGGCAUUCUGUUCCCGGAGGUCCGAACCACUUCUGUUAGACUCAUCUGGCAAUCUCCAGCUCAGCCCAACGGCAUCAUUCUCGCCUAUCAGAUCACGUAUCGGCUGAAUUCCACCAACAGCAACACGGCAACGGUGGACGUGUUGAACCCGAGCGCCCGGCAAUACACGGUUACGGGGCUGAAACCGGAAUCCGUUUACGUUUUCCGCAUUACAGCUCAGACACGCAAAGGCUGGGGGGAGGCGGCCGAGGCCCUGGUGGUGACCACGGAGAAGAGAGUGCGACCACAGCCCACCAGCCGCCCCGCAGUGCCGCAGGAGAACGUGCAGGCACGCAGUGUGCUGUUGUCAUGGGAACCCGGCAGUGACGGUCUCUCUCCGGUCCGAUAUUACACGGUGCAGGUCCGAGAACUUCCCCGCCGGAACUGGACCGUCCACUCAGCGUCCGUCAGUCACGACUCCACCUCAUACGUGGUGGACAGGCUGAAGCCCUUCACCUCGUAUCAGUUCCGAGUGAAGGCCACCAAUGAUAUCGGAGACAGUGACUACAGCCAGGAGAGUGAAGCCAUCACCACACUGCAGGACGCUCCAGAUGAGUCUCCCAUCAUCCUCUCCGUCACUCCACACACCACCACCUCUGUUCUGAUUCGCUGGCAGCCACCGGCGGAGGAGAAGAUUAACGGCAUUCCGCUGGGUUUCCGUAUCCGUUACCGAGAGCUGCUGUAUGACCGCUUACGCAGCUUCAGUGUCCAGCCCAUCAACAGCCCGUCCACCAGCUGGGCUGAGCUCACCUCUCCGUACAGUAUCCGUAACCUCAGUGACCCCUCUCUCACUCAGUAUGAGCUGGACAACCUGAGUAAACACAAACGCUAUGAAAUCAGACUGAGUGUGUACAACGCCGUGGGUGAAGGGCCCACCAGCCCACCACAGGAAGUGUUCGUGGGAGAAGCCGUGCCAACAGCUCCGCCCCAAAAUGUGGCCAUCCAAUCAGCUACCGCCACACAGCUGGACGUCACGUGGGACCCUCCUCCGCUGGACACGCAGAACGGAGACAUACAGGGCUAUAAGAUUUAUUUCUGGGAGUACCAGCGCAAGAAUGAGACGGAGAAGCUGCGGACUCUCUUCCUGCCCGAAGGAGGGGUGAAGCUGAAGAACCUGACCGGCUACACCACCUACAUGAUCAGCGUCGCCCCCUUUAACGCAGCCGGAGACGGACCACGCAGUCCCCCCACUAGGGGGCGCACUCAGCAAGCCGCUCCCAGUGCUCCGAGCUUUAUCCACUUCAGUGAACUCACCACCACCUCUGUGAACGUUUCCUGGGGCGAGCCAGUCUUCCCCAACGGCAUCAUCGAGGGCUAUCGCCUCAUCUAUGAGCCCUGCACCCCUGUCGAUGAACCCUCAGUGGCCUGUGCCGACUGUCUUGACUCCCCCUCCCCCCCAGGAGUCAGUAAGAUAGUGACGGUGGACGUGAAGGGCAGCGCCCCCCUGUGGCUGAAAAUUAAAGACUUAGCUGACGGGGUGACCUACAACUUCCGCAUCCGCGCCAAAACCUUCACCUACGGGCCGGAGGUGGAGGCCAACAUCACCACUGGACCUGGAGAAGGUGCCCCGGGGCCCCCCGGUGAACCGUUCAUCUCUCGCUAUGGCUCUGCUCUGACCAUUCACUGGACUAACGGUGAUCCCGGACGAGCCCCCAUCACACGAUACGUCAUCGAGGCCAGACCUUCAGAUGAAGGCCUGUGGGACAUUUUGAUCAAGGAUAUUCCUAAGGAAGUGACGUCAUACACUUUUAACAUGGACAUCCUGAAGCAGGGGGUCAGCUAUGAUUUCCGAGUCAUCGGGGUCAACGACUAUGGAUACGGCUCUCCGAGUCAACCGUCUCCUUCUAUCUCAGCCCAGAAGGUGGCGCCGUUCUAUGAGGAGUGGUGGUUCCUGGUGGUGGUGGCGUUGGUCGGUCUCAUCUUCAUCCUGCUGCUGGUCUUCAUCCUCAUCAUUAGAGGCCAGAGCAAGAAAUACGCCAAGAAAUCAGACUCAGGCAACAACUCGAACUGUAAGACGCUGACCCACGGAGAGAUGGUCAGUCUGGACGAGGGCCGAUUCCCUGCUCUGGAGCUAAACAACCGCCGCCUGUCCGUCAAAAACUCCUUCUGCCGCAAGAACGGCGUGUACACCAGGUCUCCCCCGAGGCCGAGUCCUGGUGGGCUGCAUUAUUCUGAUGAAGACAUCAGCACCAAAUACAACGACCUGAUUCCAGCAGAGAGCAGCAGCCUGACGGAGAAGCCCUCAGAGAUAUCAGAUUCACAGGAGGCGCUUGUGUUCUCCUAUAAGCCUGGGGGCCCCCCUGUUCCUCCGCCUCAUUGGGGCAGCGAUAGUGAAUACGAAGUCGAUCCAAAUCGUCAGAAGACACACUCCUUCGUCAAUCACUACAUCAGUGACCCCACCUACUACAACUCUUGGCGCCGGCAGCAGAAGGGCAUUUCUCGGGCUCAGGCCUACAGCUACACCGAGUCUGAGUCCGGAGAGGCCGAGCACUCCACCAUCCCCCCACCACUGCCUCCGCUGCCCCCCCAGCCCCCCCAGCUGCAGCCACAACCCCAGCCCCAGCCUCAGGCCCAGCCGCAGUCGCAGACCCAGAGCCAGGCCAACCUCUUCAGGCCCAAAGGCAGCCGGACUCCUACUCCGUCCCAGCAGAGCGCUAACUCGCCCAGCCAGCAGGGGGCGCUUUACCGCCCCCCCCAGCAGCCUGGCCCCUGGCCCUCGCCCUCCCAUCGCUGGAUUCUCCUCUUUCGUCUGACGGGGCGACUAAUCAAGGAAAAAUUGAGGGAGGGGCAUCCUGUCCCGCCAUUUUCACCCCAAAACAAAAGCCUAAUUUGUGUCUCUAAUGGAGCAACAAACAACAACCAGAUCAGUUUUUCAUACAGUUUUUGUUUUCGGUUUUACUUUGAGAUUUUUUAGUUGUUUGAUUUUGUAAAUCACAUACCACAUUUCCUUUUUUAAUAACUGUGUUUUUUGCUAAUUGUGUGCUUCUUAUAUAGACAAACACUCUACCAACACUGCUUUAUUUAUACUAAUUUUGGUUUGUUUUCAUUCAUUUGUAGAUUUUUUUCUUAAUUGUAGGUCUCCUUUACAUUAUUUUGCUGCAUGUGCUGCAUGGGUUUGUGUUUGUUUUUGUUUUUUUCCCCCUCAUUUUUGUUGAUUCAUCAUCAUUAACACACAAAGGAAACAAUCAACAAAAGCUAAAAGAGAACGAAUGGGAUUCCUUAAAAGAAAAAAACAAAGCCCUACUGAAGUGAAUCGUGGCUGCCAGCGUUUGGAGGACGGGCAGCGUCGAUUCUCGGCACACGGAUAAAACAGAACAGCGUCGAACUUUUCCAGCAUUUCCGAAAGCUAACAUGCAGCUCUGCCAUCUAAAGCUUCUUGGAGCCGCAGACGUUGGAAAGAGCUCGUCUGCUCUCCGCAUGCAUUUCUGGAGUGAAGUCAGUGCUUGAUGAUGUCACAGGUCAAAGUUCACUGGUGCUUUGAUAUCCUCUUUGGUCACUGGGGUGCUUCAGUCCAGCCUGAGCUUGGAGCGUCCGUCAGAGGGUCGGAGUCGGACCGAGGUUUUUUUGUACUUUCGGAGUUUUCGGAGGCAAAAUGAAGAUUGCCGAUCAAACGCAAAGCUGUGAAACCAAGAGGCCGAUUAUCAUUAUUAUUAAUAUUAUUAAUAUUAUUAUUGUUAUCGUUAUUCCAAAUUCACGCAGUGACGGAGCACCUUCGGAGUCUGCGAGUCGUUCAGUGUCAACCACAGGUGUGCAAGCGUGGGUGAGAGAGAUGUCACUUCCUUAGCUUACCAGCAAGCUAUUAGUAUUAGCAUCACCAACAGUGACAUCACACCAUGAACAACAGUGUUGCACCAAUGUGUGUGUGUGUGUGUGCCUUUGCGCAAAAAACAGGCCCCGCCUCCUGACGCUGACAUCAUCUACGGCUUCUUUGGUCGUCAGCCAGGAAGUGAUGUCACAAAAACUGAUGUCAUCUCUAGGAUUGUGUAAACAACAUGACUGUAUCGUCCCUGUACGGAUUGUGUGUGUGUGUGUGUGUGUGUGUGUGUGUGUAUGUGUGUGUGUGUGUGUGUGUGUGUGUGUGUGUGUGUGUGUAUUCCAUACGCUAAAGAGGACUAAAGGACCUGAGUGAAACCAGCGGCGCCACAGCUCAGCACUUAACCCACAGUGUUAAAGAAAAGGCUAACUGUAUUUUUGUGCUUUAUGAAAAUGUCCUGAGCAUUUUCUUGCUUUCGUUUUUCCUGUGAAGUGAUUUCACUCUACACACUCUGUCGCAUUCUGAAUCUGGAUCAACAGGAUAUUCCCAAAUAAAUUAUUAUUCCAAGGGAAGAGACUGAGA